UGGGCCCUUCACCAUGUUCCUCUUGCUGCCCUUUGACAGCUUAGUGGUUAAUCUCUUGGGGAUUUCCAUAACUGUCCUAUUCACUCUGCUUCUGGUUUUCAUCAUUGUGCCAGCAAUUUUUGGAGUCUCCUUUGGCAUCCGCAAGGUUUACAUGAAAACUUUAUUAAAGAUUUUUCAGUGGGCAACACUGAGAAUAGAGCGUGGUGCCAAGGAGAAGAACCAUCCAUUGUACAAGCCCUAUGUCAAUGGUAUCAUUGCCAAGGAGCCAACGUCGCUGGAGGAGGAGAUCAAGGAGAUGCGCCGGAGCGGCAGCAGCAAAGCCCUGGACACCCCCGAGUUUGAGCUCUCAGAUAUCUUCUAUUUCUGCCGCAAAGGCAUCGAGACCAUCAUGGACGAUGAAGUGACCAAGAGGUUCUCAGCUGAAGAGCUGGAGUCCUGGAACCUGCUCAGCAGGACCAACUACAACUUCCAGUACAUCAGCCUGCGCCUCACUGUGCUCUGGGGGCUCGGUGUGCUCAUCCGCUACUGCUUCCUCCUGCCCCUCAGGAUAGCCCUGGCGUUUACUGGCAUCAGCUUGUUGGUCACUGGUACCACAGUGGUGGGAUAUUUGCCAAAUGGAAGGUGUAAGGACUUCCUGAGCAAACACGUGCACCUGAUGUGUUACCGGAUCUGCGUGCGUGCCCUCACAGCCAUCAUCACCUACCACGACAGAGAGAACAGACCUCGCAAUGGAGGCAUCUGUGUUGCCAAUCACACCUCCCCCAUUGAUGUGAUCAUCCUGGCCAGUGAUGGCUACUAUGCAAUGGUGGGUCAGAUCCAUGGAGGGCUCAUGGGUGUGAUACAGAGAGCCAUGGUGAAAGCCUGUCCCCACGUGUGGUUCGAGCGCUCCGAGGUCAAAGAUCGUCACCUCGUCGCCAGAAGGCUCACAGAACAUGUCCAGGACAAAAGCAAACUGCCCAUUCUUAUUUUUCCAGAAGGAACAUGCAUCAACAACACAUCUGUGAUGAUGUUCAAAAAGGGGAGCUUUGAAAUCGGAGCCACAGUUUAUCCUGUAGCCAUCAAGUAUGACCCACAGUUUGGAGAUGCCUUUUGGAACAGCAGCAAGUACGGCAUGGUGACCUACCUCCUGAGGAUGAUGACCAGCUGGGCCAUCGUCUGCAGUGUCUGGUACUUGCCCCCAAUGACUAGGCAGCCUGAAGAGGAUGCAGUGCAGUUUGCCAAUCGAGUGAAGUCAGCCAUUGCCAGGCAGGGGGGCCUUGUGGAUCUGCUCUGGGAUGGAGGACUGAAAAGGGAGAAGGUGAAAGAUGCGUUCAAGGAGGAGCAACAGAAACUCUACAGCAAAAUGAUUGUAGGCAGCCAUGAAGACCGGAGCCGCUCGUGAGUGCGCUGCCUCAGCACUGCACGGGGCUGGCCAGAGCCUCCAGCACCAGCCAGGGCUUGUCUGGAGCAACUCUGAGCCUUUGGACUUGGCCUACUCCAGAGCUGCUUGGACUCGCUCUCACACUCUGGCUGUUGUUUCCCAGAGGUUACUACUGCUGCCUGGAGUCUUUAGGCCUUGGGCAGCUCAUGGCAAAGAUGCCUUCCUGUUCCUGUUACAGUGAAGCCCCUUGCAGGGGCAGUAUUAAAUGAAUUGAUGGUG